CAAUCAUCCGGAGAUUAAGCUUGGUUUGUUUAAUUGUGUGGCAAAAAUGUUUCCAGCCCGAGAAGAUCAGGAGAAGAUACAUUUGCAGAUGGAUGAUUAUCGUUUGAAAAGGGGAUUCUUCGGUCAUGAUGUAGCGAAAAGCACGGUUGAUAAACGUAGUCCUGUGGACUGGUGGUGUCAAUAUGGCGAUCAAACACCUGAAUUAAUGGCUUUUGUUGUGAGGGUGUUGAGUCUUACAUGUUCAUCGUCUGCUUGUGAGCGUAAUUGGAGCACGUUUAACCAGGUAUUAAAUCACUAUAUAAAGAAUUAGUAUAAAAUACUAGUUAAUUAAGUAAAUAAUAAAGUUUAACUACUAUGCUUGUAGAUACAUACUAAGAGAAGGAACCGUUUGCAUACACAUAAUUUGAACAAGUUGG